AUGGCAUUCCAAGUCCCGCGCAAAGCGAUUCUAACGAAGGAACAGCUCGAAUUCUUUCAAACCUCGAAGACACAUCAAGAACUCGUCUCAUAUAUCGAGGUCCUCAACGACGCAGUCGUCGGCGUCAGGCUCACCGACGAAUGUUCGUUGUCUACUGGUGCAGCUGCUGUUCUCGUCCUUUUGGACAGUGUUGAGCGAGUGGCGAGGGUUACGCCUCCCGUGGAGAACUCCGCGUCGAGAUUUGGGAAUCCGGCUUUUCGGACAUUUUAUGAUCGUGUCUCCGAGAUUUCACCGGAGUUACACGCAUCUCUCCCUGGCUUGCCAAGUGAAGCUAUCGAGGAAUUGUCGGUCUAUUUCAGCGAGGCAUGGGGCAAUCGCACGCGCAUCGAUUACGGGAGUGGGAUGGAGCUCAACUUCCUCUGCUGGCUCUUAUGUCUAGAACGGCUACAGGUAUUACAAGAAACGGACCAUAAAGCAAUCGUUAUUCGUUUAUUCUGGCGCAGAUACAUAAACAUCAUGCGGAUACUCCAAUCGACCUACUGGCUAGAACCGGCCGGAUCGCAUGGCGUCUGGGGGCUGGACGACUACCAUUUUCUCCCAUUUCUCUUCGGUUCCGCUCAACUACGAGGGCAUAAGUACAUCCGUCCCAAGGCGAUACAUGACCCUGAGAUAGUCGAGGAAUACUCAAAAGACUACAUGUAUUUCGCUUGUAUCGCUUUCAUCAAUUCGAUAAAGACAGCCUCCCUCCGAUGGCAUUCCCCCAUGCUCAACGACAUAUCAGCCGUAAAAACAUGGGAUAAAGUCAACUCAGGAAUGCUCAAGAUGUACCUUGCCGAAGUCCUCAACAAGCUCCCAGUAAUACAACACUUCCUCUUCGGCUCGUUCCUCCCUUACGACGGGCCUCUACCGCCUCCGCCUCCGCCUGCUACAUCUCUUUCAUCCACGUCCACAAAACCCGUGAUAUCACCGACAGUACAUGGGGACCACGUGCACCCACACGACGACCUUGGAGGGGCAGGCCAGAAGGACGUUGGUUGGGGUGACUGCUGCGGGAUCCCCGUGCCGUCUGUGUUUGCUGCGGCUAGGGCGGAGGCGGAGAAGAAGCAUGGGUUCAAGUUGGGCGAGGCGGGGGUGCCGGGUGUGAGGCCCGUUCCAUUUGAUUAG